AUGGCUACCAUUACAUUCGAAAAGAUUUAUCUCAAUCAGUCAAAGCUGGUGGGGAGAUUAGGUAUUGCUGAAUCUGGUUUAGGAUGGAAAAAAUCGGAUACCAAAGGUACACCCAAUGCUCAACCGUUUUUAUUGCCAUCAGAGGAUAUUUUGGCAACACAAUGGUCCAGGGGCUCAAGGGGCUGGGAAUUGAGAGUUCAAACAAAAAACCAAGGUGUUGUAAUGUUAGAUGGGUUUGAUCCUGAAGAUUUUGCCAAAGUGAAACAAGAGUUAAGUAGAAACUUCAAUGUUUCAUUAGAACGGAAGGAGCAUUCAUUGAGAGGCUGGAACUGGGGUAAACCAGAUUUGGCUAGAAACGAAUUAAUCUUUCAAAUCAAUAACAAACCGGCAUUUGAAAUUCCCUACAAUGAGAUCAGUAACUCUAAUCUAACUGGAAAAAAUGAAGUUGCAGUUGAAUUUAAUUUAGAAUCUGAAAAUAGCAAAGCAGGGGAUGAGUUAGUCGAAAUGAGGUUUUAUAUCCCAGGUACUGUGGAAAAUGAAACGGAAAAGCCAAAGAGUGAAAAUGGUGAGGUUAAGAAUGAAGAGGGUGAAGAAAGUAAAGAAAGUAAAGAAGGAGAAGAAGCAGAUGCAGACCAGAAGGAAAUAGAGGAAGUAAGUGCGGCAAGCAUAUUUUAUGAUCAAUUAAAGGACAAGGCUGAUAUCGGUCAAGUAGCUGGUGAAUCUAUCAUUUCGUUCAGCGAUAUUCUAUUCUUGACUCCAAGAGGUCGUUAUGAUAUUGACAUGUAUCCUACCUCUUUGAGAUUGAGAGGAAAAACGUAUGACUAUAAGAUUCAGUACAAACAAAUCGAGAGAAUAUUCUCACUUCCAAAGCCUGAUGAAGCACACAACUUAAUAAUUUUGCAAAUUGACCCACCUUUGAGACAGGGCCAAACUAGAUAUCCAUUUUUAGUCCUUCAGUUUUCUAAAGAAGAAGAAAUAGAAUUGGAGUUGAAUGUAUCAGACGAAGAGUAUGAAAGUAAAUACAAAGAUCGUCUAAAGAAAAGCUACGAUGCGCCUACCAAUGUGGUCAUGGCUCAUUGUUUCAAAGGGUUAACGGAACGUCGUCUUGUAGUUCCAGGAUCUUUUCAAUCUCGCUUUUUGCAACCAGGGAUCUCUUGUUCUUUAAAAGCUUCUGAAGGUUACUUGUAUCCAUUAGAUAGAUGUUUUUUGUUCGUCACGAAACCUACGAUCUAUAUUCCAUUUUCGGAAAUCAGCAGUAUCACGAUGUCAAGAACGGGUGGCGGUGUUUCUGCAUCAAGGACUUUUGAUUUGGAAAUAAACUUAAGAGGAUCAGGCCCUCCUCAUAUAUUUGGAAGCAUCGACAGGGAAGAACAAAGUAACAUUGAAAAUUACUGUACGCAAAAAGGAUUGCGAGUCAAGAAUGAAGAAAAGCUCGCAAAAGCAAUGUUAGCAAAAGUAAUGAAAGAAGAUGAUAACGAUGAUGAAGAUGUCGAUAUGGGAAGUGCAGGAGACGACGGAGAAAGUGCUGAUGACGAUUUUCAAUCUGAUACAGACUCUGACAUCGCAGAAGAGUUCGAUUCAGAUGCUUCUUCUGAUUCUGGCGCAGGUUCGGACGCCCCAUCUGAAGAGCCUCCUAAGAAGAAGAGUAAAGGUUAA